CCGCCCUCCAUUUAAAAGCCCAAACUUCGUCUUUCUUCUCUGUUUUCCUUCGCAGACUGCUUCCGUUUCCGGGAAAGUCAUCGUCAUCGUCAAAGCAACAGGCUCGGUGAAGGAUUUGAAUCAAGAAGGAAAAUGGCAAGUUAUUAUGGGGAGUUAUCUGUCCAUUGAUUGUGAAGAUGUUGUUGUUGCAGUCGAGACACCUGCCCCAGCUCUAGGUGAGCCCAUGGAUAUCAUGACAGCUUUGCAGCUUGUGCUGAGAAAGUCACUGGCUCAUAGUGGGCUUGCUCGAGGACUUCAUGAAGGUGCAAAGGUGAUCGAGAAGCAUGCUGCCCAGCUCUGUGUACUGGCAGAAGACUGCAACCAGCCAGACUAUGUUAAGUUGGUCAAAGCACUUUGUGGUGACCAUAAUGUAAGCUUGAUAACAGUUCCAAAUGCUAAGACCCUCGGCGAGUGGGCCGGUUUGUGCAAGAUUGAUUCAGAGGGCAAGGCAAGGAAGGUUGUCGGCUGCUCAUGUGUUGUUGUAAAGGAUUAUGGGGAGGAAACUGAAGGUCUCCAUAUUGUUCAGGAGUACGUCAAAUCGCACUGACUUAUUUGCAAUUGAUCAAUAUUCAAUGUUGCGUGAUUUGGUGGUUAUAUGUAGAAACUGUUCUUUUAGUCUGUUUGAGAAUUUUCCCUUUAGAAAUUUUUUGAUCAUUUGAGAACCUAUACUUCUAUAAACAAUAUUUUCAUUACCGCAGAUUUGUCCUAUUUACUUUUUCGUGUAAGUUACUGGUUCUAGAAAACAAGUGUUGGUUAAUGUUACGGAUCCUGAAUUUUAAUUAAUUUUCAUUCAGUAGAAA